AUGACAACUAAAAUAGAACUGUCAAGGCCUACUCCACGUCUAAAGAUAACUUUGAAGAAGAAAUAUGCUAGUAGAAGGAAAUCUAGUGUAAGAGCCCCAAAGGUUCGAGAAUCUCUCGCUCCUGGUGUUGUAUGUAUUUUAUUGACAGGUCCAUACAAGGGUAAACGUGUAGUAAUGCUGAAAACUUUGACUUCAGGUUUGAUUGUAGUUACUGGCCCCUUUACCCUCAAUGGAGUACCAGUAAGAAGAGUUAAUCCUGCAUAUGUAAUUGCAACAAGUACAAAUAUUGAUAUUUCUGGUAUUGAUGUUAGCAAAUUCACGGAUGAAUACUUCAAGGUUGAUAGGAAUAAACUCCGUAAGAAUAGACAAGUAGAUGACUUUAUGAGUCAAGGAGAGAAUGCUACUCAUAGAGUUGUAAGUGAUGAGAGGAAGAAAGAUCAACAAGCUUUAGAUGCUGCAAUUUUACCAAAUAUUCAAAGAGAUCCUUUAAUGGUUAGCUAUCUUAAGACAAGAUUCACCCUAAAGAGUGGGAUGUUCCCUCAUCUUCUGAAGUUUUAA